GCUCUGUUUACCGAGUCUACUAUUACAAUACGGCUACCAAAUAUUUGCCAGCCGUCAGCUCGCUGCUCCGCUAUAAAUACUUCAGGCCCAGGUGGAGGGACAGCGAGGGGGAACGGCGCGGGAGCCUAUGCAUGGCCGGGCAGCAGCGCCAAGGGUGAGCCCAGGCCCCGGGGUUUCCCUUCGUACCGACAUGGCCGCCGGCGUCAUCCGGCCGCUGGCCGAGCUGCAGCUGCCCUCACCCUUCCCACACGGCCUGCUGCUGCCCACGCGCCCCGAGCCCGACUUCCCCGACCUCCCUGAGGAGGACGAAGAAGAAGAGGAGGAGGAGGAUGAAGAGGAUGCAGCAGAGGAGAGCACCGGCUGCAGCGGGCCGGAGUCGGCCGGCCCCAAUGCUGCGGAGUCCACACUGCGGCUCCUGCGCUUCUCGGAGCUCAUCAGCUGCGACAUCCAGCGGUACUUCGGGCGGCGGGGCCGGGAGGAGGCCACUGGUGGCCACAGCGUGCCCGAGGACUGCAGCUCGCCCCACAGCUCACCCCGCAAUGCCAGCCCGGGGCAUGGGGCACGGGGUGGUCAGGCGCAGCCGGAGGCGGCACUCGGUGGCCACGGGGCUGCACACAGGCUGGGGCCGCUGGCCGAGCUCUUCGAGUACGGCGUGCACCGGUGCCUGGCGCCGCGGGCGGCCAGUGGCAAGACGCAGCGGCUGGAGAGGAAAUACGGCCACAUCACCCCCAUGCACAGGAGGAAGCUGCCGCCCUCCUUCUGGAGGGAGCCGGGCCCCGGCCCUGCCAGCCUCCUGCACGCCGGUACCCCCGACUUCAGCGACCUGCUGGCUCACUGGACGGUGGAGCCGGGGCCAGAGCUGCCGGGCAGCGGGAGGGAGCUGCCACCUGCACCGGGCCACGCGGAGCUGGAGGCUGAGCCCUACAGCGGGCUGUGACCCACCGCGGCCCGGGGCCACCACGUGCUGCUCAGUUAAUGAGCAACCCACGGGCACCGGGGCACCUGGAGCCAGCGGGUCGGAGCCAGCAGCGGGAUGAGUGAAUAAAUGACUCCCGCAGGCAU